CACCUGACAACGGCCGUCCAUUUCGGGUCCAUUUUCAUGUUUUCCUUGUCGCAUCAAUUUUCGUCCUCGUCCGCUUUAAUUUCUCCAAAGUUCCCUUCUUUGUCCUGCAAGCCCUGAUACAACACGCACCAUAUAGAUACCACGAUCCCCACCUGCAGCACGACACCCACCAUGUCCCCCCUGCCUGAUUUUCUGCGCCCUCUGGUCAUCUCCGGUCCCUCCGGUGUCGGAAAGAGCACGCUCUUGCAGCGGCUGUUCACAGAAUUCCCCGACAAGUUUGGCUUCAGUGUUUCUCACACCACGCGCCCCCCGCGGGCAGGCGAACAAGACGGAAAGCACUACUACUUCGUUACCCGUGACAGCUUCCAACAGCUCAUCAAGGAAAACGCGUUCAUCGAAUACGCCGAGUUCUCUGGCAACUACUACGGUACAAGCUUCAUGACUGUCCGCGAAGUCUCAAAAGGCGGCCGGAGAUGUUUGCUGGAUAUCGAGGCGCAGGGCGUUCGCCAAGUAAAAGCAACCAAUCUGAAUCCUGUCUACCUCUUCAUUUCGCCCCCCACUCUCGAGUCACUCCGUCUCCGUUUGCAAGGCCGGGGAACAGAAGACGAGUCUUCCCUCGCUAAAAGGCUCACCACCGCAUUCAAGGAGAUAGAGUACGCCAAGGAGGGCGCUCAUGACUAUGUGAUUGUGAACGAUGAACUUGAGAGGGCGUAUGAUCUAUUCAAAAGAGUCGCACUAGGAGAAAAGAUCAAAGGCGACCAGCUGCCUCCGCUAGAUGAUUAGAUGUCCGUUUCAACUACGGCUUCCAUGGUAUAGUGUUACAUGAUGGACUAUCUGGUGACGAGGACACGUCAGGUCACCUGCAGUGUAGUAAAUUUAAAGAUGCAUACCCAUACCUUAGAGUGUACAGACCCAGGGAAUUAUGUGAUAGAUGGUCUGAUGGUAUGAUGAUGAUGAUUGUCAGGCCUCG